AUUUUAUAUUAGUUAAUAAAUAUUUAUAAAUUAUUAAACUAUAGUAUACCUAGUUUCUAGUUGGGUAUUUAUUUUUUUAAUUUUGAGAAAUGUUAAUUUCAAUAUCUUUAAAAUAUUAUAUUAAUAAAGAUUAUACUGUGUAGUUAGUACUACCUACCUACAAACAUAUUUUAAUACAAAUUAAAAUAUAGCUCGGUAUUAGCUAAAUAAGAGUUUUAUUUUAUUUUUUUUCUAAUCUUUCUUGUUUUUGCCAAGUAUUUUAUUCUGAUUGCUGUGUAUAAUGUCAUCAGUUAAGGAAGUUUUCAAAGUUAGUUUUCAACUUUUAGCUCAACAAACAGAUAAUGUUAUCAAGGAUUUCUUGAGGCUUACCAAAGAUUUUAUGGACAAUGGACCUAAUGCCAUUCUUUAUAAUAAAGCUGCAGAAAAGUUGCAGAUUGAUGAAGACAAAAUUGUAUCAAUUGUAAAAAGCAUAUGUCUUAUGUGUGUGCAAAGCUGUAAGCAUAAACUAACUGAUAUAGAAAUGAAGGAAUCACUAACAGAAUAUGGUUUUAAUGAUACCAAAUUAGACAUGAUUAUAUUAUUUUUUGAAAACCAAAAACCUCAUUUACUAGAUAUUUUAUCAUCUAGCGCAUUUGUAUUUCCACAUUUCAAAGAAUUAGAAUGGCGAUUUGAAACUGAUAUGGGAUCAAGAUCUUUAUUACAUCAAACAGUACCAGUUGUUACAUUGAAAUUAGAUUUAGAAAAAAAGAAUGUUUUCGAAACAUUAUACCUACAAACAGAUCCAUUAAACUUGGUUCACAUCAAAGAUACACUAGAGGCUGCUUUGAAACAGAACCAAUCCCAAUGGAUAAGGAAAAUACGUAGAAAAUUGAAAUAAAGUUUUUGAAAACUUACCUUCACAAUAAAAUAAUAUGCAUAGAUGAUGACAAGCAAUGGUAAAAAGUAUGCGAACAUUGCAUAUACUAAAACAUAACUACGACUGUGCCACGUCAGAGUUAAAUAAUCAGUGCCACAUGCUGUCAUGUUUGCUUCUGGUACAUAUCUACAAGACACAUAAAUUUAAAUUAUCCUUUAAGUACAUUUUUCCUGUGUAUUUUUUUUUUAAUUUACCGGCUCCAUCCAAAAAAAGGGGUUAAAGUCCAAAAAAGUCCAUGCA